GCUUCAUGUGUUUUUUUUGCUUCGAUAGCAGUAAAUCCAGAGUGGGGAGUCCAAAGAGUUUAGUAACACGGCGGAAGUGUCGCCUGCCCGGAGUGUGUGUCUGUGGCUUCAGCGGGGACUCAUGAUGUGGGCUCGGUUGUUGGUCGGAGUUGGGGGUCAGGGUUUUGGGCUGCGGGCUUCCAGAGAUGGUUUGUUGCGGGUCUCCGGGGCUGGUUGUGCAGGAAAGAGGCAGCAGCAGAGACAGGCUUCGGUUGGAGAGGUGAGUGGACCAUGAAGUGUCGCUGCACAGAAAACUUCCAUCGCUGCAAGUGGUCCAAAGUGCUGUAGCUGUAGCCCACAAUCCCGUGUUUACAUCACCGUGAAACUCAAGCGAAUCUAGGGUUAAUAAUUCAGAAUGAAAGUUUAAAGACUGUGAAUAGUUAGGUGUGCUGGGAAUGGACAUUGGAGCUUUGUCAGAGUUGGUUUGUGGAGCUGUGUUUUCAUUUUUCAGUUUAAUGAUAGUGGGAUACAUCUGCAGUCACUUCAUGCAGAUAUAAUGCACAUCUGUCCCCGCAGACUUUCCCUCCCUGCUUCACUGAGCUGCAUAAGAUAAUUUCAUUUAACUAUCUUGUGACUGACUGUACUGCAGUCAGCACUGAAACAGCCUUACUCUUAAAAGAUCACUGGAUUCAUGAAUCCAGCAGCUUUUUAUCUUAAAAUGUUGCAAAAAUUAAAAGGUUUGAAAAGACCAAAGUCCCACUGACCACGUGGAGCUCCCCAGUGGGUUGUGGUUAUUUUUCUGUGUCUGUGUGUGUCUGUGUGCAUGUUACACUGGGAUAAUGUUUUUCAUUUAUUCAGUAAGAGCGAUCGCUGACUUUGGACUCAGACAGUUUUGGCAAAAGUGAUUAAGAAUGAUUUGUGUCGACACACACUAUCUCAUAAUACACUGAUAAGCCCCCUACACUAGCUUGUUCAAAGGUCAGAAGGGCAGAAAAAAGAUAACAGAGAAUAAUGAGUAGGAGAGAGGUCCAGUGUUAGAGGAUAGUUUACUAGUUCAUUAAGCCAUGUGUGUAACUACAUAUAUAGAAGCUUGGUAAGAGUAAUCUUUUAUUGUGGCAUAAUGUAUUUUAGGGUCUAGAUUUUAGUGGGAGUUAUCACAUCUCUGAACUGACUCGGUAUAAAUGUUGUGAAAUUCAUAAAAAUGUUCAAAGCUCCUGUAAGAACUUUGUUCAUGUUCAUAGUAUAGACUGGGCAUCACACUGAUGCAAAGCAAACAAGAUCAUGAGUAGUUAUGUUGACCUCCUGUAGUUAUGUGGUGAUUUCUACUGCUAAACCUUGUCUGAAGGGGUAGGUGUCACCCAAGCAGCUAAAGAAAGACUACCGUUUUAACCAUUUCAACAUAAAAUAUUCACAAUUAAGAAUGUAUUUGACUGUCAAAAAUCAGUAGGAUGAGAUUGUUUGUCAAAAGACACAAAAGGACAAGACAUGCUACUUUGUUCAUAGCAGGUGCCAAAUCAGUAUAAAAAAACAUUUUGCUUUCAUAACCCAUAGGAAGCCAUUAAAUCAAUAUAAGGAGUAGGCCUUCUUCCAAUCAUGUUUCUGCAGUUGCUUAGAACAAACUAUAACCAAACGUAUUACCUGAUGACAGCUAGUGUUGGCCUUAGCCUCUUACUGUUUAGUAAGGUAUAAGUAGUAUAGAUAAGGAAAAACAAAUCAUAACAAAAGGGUAUUUGUCUGUUAACCACAAGUAUUGUAUUUGGAAGGUACAUCCCAGGGCAGGAUUGCUGUUGUAACCUUAGAAAAACAUUCAAAUACAUUAAAAUACUUAAAACAAUAAAAGUUAUCAAGAGAUGUAAGACAAAGACAAUUUGUGUAUUGUUAGAAGCUCUAGAUGAAGCCCAUUUUUUAGAGGAUUACUUUCAAAACAUAGUAAAAGUCUAUUUUUGUUGCUCUUGUAUUCCUGUGUUCCUGUUUUGCCCAUUUCAAAAUCAUCACAGUAUCUUCUUUCCCUUCAGGCUGCGCUGAGGAAGACUCCACUCUUUGACUUUCACAGAGAACACGGGGGAAAGAUGGUGGAGUUUGCAGGCUGGAGUAUGCCUGUGCAGUACAAAGACAGUCACAUUGUCUCACACAUGCACACCAGAGAGCACUGCUCCAUCUUUGAUGUCAGUCACAUGCUGCAGGUAAUAAUACAUACAGUCACUCCUCAUGAACAAUCUCACAAACAGCAUUAACUGAGUCAAAUCAUCCUUUUUCUUUUAUUGUCUGUCAGACCAAAGUCCACGGCAGAGACCGAGUGAAGUUCAUGGAAUCCCUUGUAGUUGCAGAUAUUGCAGAACUCAAGGACAAUCAGGUAAGAUGAAAAAUUGUUAGGUUUUAACUAGGUAUUCCCAUUUUUUUGGUCCACAUAGUAUCACAAAAAAUUGCAUGUUUCAAUAAGUGACACAUAACAGUGACACAAGCAAACAUUUAUGGUUAAAGGGGCUGUUCAUGCAUUUUUUCUAACUCUGGUCCUAUUCAUACAGUACUACAGUAGCAGUAGUCAAGUAAGCCUGAUGGAUAAUGGCUGAGUUAGCUCAUGGAAAAAUUGAAUUAUGUGACCGAAACAACACAUGACACACAUAAAAAUGCUCACGAUCCCCCAACCCCUCAGGGUAGCUUGUCCCUCUUCACCAAUGAGAAAGGAGGCAUAAUGGAUGACCUCAUCGUGACAAAGACAGACCAAGGCUACCUCUACGUUGUCUCAAAUGCUGGCUGCGCUGACAAGGACUCUGCCCAUAUGAAGGUAAAUACACACAUGGUGUGAGUGAGGGGGGGAUCCAAUACACCAGCAGAACAUGUCUGAGGUGUGUGUUUGUGUGUGCUUUACUUGUAGGCCAGACUCGCAGAGUACAAAGCUGCAGGUUUUGAUGUGGAUCUGGAGUUCCUUGAUGAAGCGCUGAUUGCUCUGCAAGGUGAAAUAUCUUUUAUUUACUCUCUUCCUUGGUCAUUGCUUUCUGACUUGGCUGUGGUGUGUCUUAUUUGCCCAACUCUAGUUUUUCAGAUGCCCCUUCACAUGACUUCUUUCAUGUUUUGUUGAACCCUUUCCUCACUGUUUCCUUAUAAACUUACUUUCUGACAUCAUCCACAUCACACUCUUAAUGUCUUUGUAAAUGUGGAUGAUUAUACACGUCAUGUUGUGUCUUGCCAGGUCCAUCCAUGUCCCAGGUGCUCCAGCAGGGCAUGAGGGAGGACCUUCGUAAGCUGACCUUCAUGACCUCUGCCUUGGCCACUGUGUUUGGUGUUCCAGGGUGCAGGGUGACCCGCUGUGGGUACACUGGAGAAGACGGGGUGGAGGUCAGAAAAUGAAGCUGCUUUCACACGGAUUGGAUUAGGUCUCUAAACCAACAAAUUAAUAGAUCCAAACUUGAUAUAUUAUUAAGGUUAUGCUUGGGUGGAAAGUGCCCUUUAUGAAUUUAAACAAGAAACUGCAAGUCCUGACAUUAACCACGAUUCCAAAUACAUGCAAAAGAUGUUACAUGAAGUUGUAAUCUGGAGUGUUUGAAGUUAAACAUUUUCAGUAUCUGCAGUUCUGAGUGGCUUAUAGCCCACUCAGAAAGCCUGUGCAUUUGCAUCAGAUUUCCAGGGUCAUUUGUUACAAAUGUAAAGGCAAGGGCAUUUGCACUCAAAUAGUCAUGCAGUAGUUGGUCUGCAGCGGAAAGCAGGUGAAAUGUUGACUUUUUUCCUCUACUUAGUUAAAUUUUAAUUACUUAACAUCUAUCAAAUUUCUGUCAUAAAGCAAUCAUAAGGGGUCUAAACAUGAAGGACACCAGUGUCUAAUGUUAGCAUACUGAAAGCUCUGAUCUGUUUUUUGUACAUGCUGAAAUGAAUAUAAAAAGCUGUCCUACAGCUGUCCUGCACCCUUCCUGAGCUGUGCAUGCAGCUAGAGUGAAAAAGGAGUAAGACACACUGUCCUUUCUGUUGGCAAGGAUGCUGUUUGAGUCUUUGUUGAAAUGAGGGCCAAAAUAAACACCUGCCUGUGCAGAACCAGACUCAUUGGUUAGCAGGCAUCUGCUGAGUCUAGAUGGACACAGAAAGUGGGACGGAGGGGACAGAUGGAUAGAGACCACACAACAGAAAGAACACCUAUAGUUUAUGUGGAUUUAUGGGUACAAUUUUAAUAAUCACUGCAAACACAUAGGCAAUAUUGGCAACAAAGAUUGUGCAAAUAUGACUGAAGUCAAAGAGGUCUAAUAUUAGCAAUAACAACGAGAGUAAUUAAAAGACAAGUACAGCUGAUAAAAAGAUGAGAGAGGUUAGGGAAGAAGAACUUAAAUAAACCCCAAGGGGAAGUUCAGUCAGCACUGCAGCAUUUGGAGUCAGGCAGGCCUACCCAGCAGGGGUCACCAGCAGCAAUCUGACCUGUAACUCAGCUUAAAAUCCUCCCAGGGAGACAAAAGUAGGUGUAGUCACCGCUAAGUUAUAUAAACCUAUGCAUAGAAAUUGCUCUGAAAAAACACGUGAGUCUCAUGGUAACAAACAGCAUGACAUACAACAAUGCACGGAGCACUCUGCAUGGCUUAUAUAGAUGCUGUUUACUUUGUUGUAGUAUAUUUACAUGACUGACUUUAAGGAGAAGAAUAUAAUUAAGUUUUGAAACAUCAAACUAUCAAGGCGUUUAGUGAUGCCAAUUGACUUUCAUUUAAUGUAACUCACAUUUAACUCAUUAACACUGAGCCCCUAGUCACAGAGUUAUGGCUGGUCUUAAUUUUUCAAAACAGUACUAUCUCCUCUACUGUUGUUACUCAUCUCCAUGAACCGUGUUAACACUGUGAAACACUCACCCAUUAAUAUUUUGGUGAGUAACCUGCUGCCUGACUCUGGAUGAGUUGUUUACUACAAGGAUUUUUUUUUUCACACUCUAUUGGCCCUCUAUGCCGAAGCUCUGUGCAGAGCAGAAUGGAUGUGGGUGGGUUUCUCUCCAACAGAGGGAAUGUGGGAGUUUGCUUUUAUGUCUUGGGUUAAUUCUUCCCUAUAAACACACUGGGCUCUAUUUUCAUGCUUCGCCAGAGACGUGGCGCAGGCGCGGUGUAAGUCAGGUCCGCCACGCCGACAAGGCAUUCCCAAGCAUAAUUUGGUAUUUUGGUGAGGGGCGCAGCCCGGCGUAAGUAGCCCCCCCAACUCAGCUGCGUAAGUCGUAGCGAGGGAGGAGAGAGGGCGUGGAGUGAGUUUAACACAGCCGAGACCUGUAUUGACCAAUAACAUCAGCUCCUCUCCCCACCUUUAAAUCCGCCACCGGCAAGGCGUAUUUCAAUUUUCGUGAAGUAGUCAAAGAGAUCAAGAGAUGUCUGAAGACAGUAAUGCCACACGAUGGCGACAGAAGGCAGCUUCUCAACAAGUGUCGCUGCAGAGGGCGUCCUUCACACUCUCUCAUACAAGCACAGAUGGAUUUGGUGUGUGUAAUGUUACACCCACUGGUAAGACAAACAUCCUUUUCCACAAAUAAAGACACUCACAUAAAGUUGCAUAUAUUUAAACCUCACGUGACAAAGGUGGGUUGAGCGCAGAGAUCACAUCAUAAAUUCCAAUAAUGGUAUUAAAAUCGGAACCAUCUGUGCGUAAAUGACGCAUCGCACUCCGUGGCCUGGCUCUUUCUUUCAUAGAUGUUGGCGUAUAAAAUAAAUUUGGCUCACAAAACUGAAUAUUAUAAUAUUCGUAUGUAGGCUUAAAGUAAAUAACUCAUCUGAUCACUGAAAUAAAUCGUCUGUUCAGCCGCCUCAGUAGCAGCUGCAGCAGGACGGGAAGAGGACACAGAGACGUGUCCAGGUCGAGCUGCACGAGAAAUAAGAGGAAGAGGAAGAAAGAAAAGGACGGAGAUGAAUUACAUAUCUUGUUAACUUCAUCAUGUGUGUUUAUUUACUAGAUAUUUAAUUUAAUUUGCGGUUUCAGCUGUGUUGAUUCAGUCAGGUUGUGUGUCUUAAAGCUUGCAAAACGCGCUUAUCAGAUCAGAUAUAGAUCAGAAUAUAUCAAUAUAGAUCUAAAUGUAUGUGCUGACUCAGAUUAAUAGUUGUUGAUGAUUAUUUAUUGCACUGAAAUGUGCCUGACACUGUGGAAACCUGACGAUGAGGCAUCGGUGCCCUAUGCUGAUACGCUGCCGGUCUACCAAAAUACCACUAGACCAGCUGCGCUCCGCCUGCGCUGAAAGCUGACCAGGUUUCAAUCGGCGAGCUUUCAGCGCACUUUACACGCCACCGGCGAGCAUGAAAAUGUCAUUGCACCAGCUGAUUCUGUCGACACCUCCCCCUGCCACGCCACCACGCCUAGCUUGGCGGACCUCGGUGCGCCAAGCUGUACACCGGGCUCGGCCAGAUGAAAAUACCACUGUGCGGGGUCCGCCCCCCUCGCCGCCUCACAGGCGGACAUGAAAAUAGAGCCUACUGACUUCAACUGACGUCCAUUGAAUCACUUUGUGUUUUAUUCUCAUAAAAUUUUUGAUUGUUGCCAAAAUAAGCUGCUAAUAAGAUGAAUCUCUUCACAUGCUGAUGGAAGGAAAAUUACUUUUUUCAAAUGAAUAACUGUGCAUUAAGUGUGCUAUCAUUAAGAAUCUGUUCAUUUCUGACACAUCUCAUUUAAAAAAUGAUUGAUGAGAUAAUAUUUGAUUAGAUAUUUAAAAAUUUCUGUAUAGAGACCCAGCUCUACAGUCUGUCUAUGUCUCUGUGUCUCAGAUUUCCGUCCCUCAACGCAGAGUGGUGGAGCUGACGGAAAAGCUGCUGGCAAACAGUGAGGUUAAGCUGGCUGGUUUGGGUGCUCGAGACAGUUUGCGGCUGGAGGCGGGGCUUUGUCUCUAUGGAAACGACAUAGAUGAGACCACUACACCUGUGGAAGCAACAUUAGUGUGGACUAUAGGUGGGAUCUAAGUUCUCAUUUCUUGCAGAGAGUUAGAUGAGGACAUCGAUUUCGGACUGAGUGUGUAGGACUGAAAAACAGAAAAUAUCAUGUCUUUCAAAUCCGUUUAGCUUAUGUAAAAGGCUGAAAUCCGUGUAACUGUGUAAAGUAAGAAUCACUGCAAGUGGAUAAAAGGAUCCUACAUAACAUCGGUUAGAUUUUUAUGGAGAUGAAGGAAUCAAGUCCAAAGCAGGUAGAACCACCCAUUAAGCAGACACCCAGACCCAUACUAGCAUCAAAGUCAUAAGUAUAUGCACACCCAGGCCUAAUCUGCAUGAUUUUCUCAGAUAAUGAGAUAUACUUAAUGUGCUGCUGCAAACAGUACUGUCACUACACAAAGUUGGAUAUAGGUAGACAUAAUAUAGUUAUAGCUUUUAGACUUCAUGCUUCAUUCAGCUGCAAAGAAGAAAGAUGUUUCCUUUUUAGCAGUUACUAAUAGCUUUUUAUAGUAACUCUCUGUUGUAUUUAGACCAUUUUUUAUCAAACCUGAAGAAGUUAAUGUUGGAAAAUGCUUCUGCAUGCUUUUCCCUUUAAAAAAUCUCUGUCUACUUUUAUUCAGGAAAGCGCCGGCGUCAGAACAAGGAUUUCCCUGGCGCUGACAUCAUCGUACCUCAAAUCAAAGCCAAAACAGCCAGGAAGAGAGUCGGUCUGGUAUCCACUGGACCCCCGGUCAGACAACACACACCCAUCCUCAGCUCUGAGGGGAAGGUCAUCGGUAAAGAGCAAACACUGGGGGAGUUUUACAUCAGACAGAGCUGUGAUACCUCUUUAAUAAUAAGAGCAAUGCAACACCACUCGAUAAACUCAGAAAUACAUUAUUAAUCCUGAAGGAAUUUUUUUCUAAAUAUCUUAGAGAAUUACCAGAAAAUAUUCAGUAAUAAAUGCAGUAUUUAGAGAAGUUACACGUGGAUUGAAGCCUGCCCAUGUCUGUCACAAUUCUGCCACCAGGGUUCCCUAAUGUCUAACAUCCCUAAGCCACAUAUACAAUACGUAUAGACUUUGUGCAUCUAAUUCUAUUUUAAAACUUUCUAAUUUGUUUGGCACAAUUUAUAACUUAAUACAUUUUUUUGCUCACAUUUGGAUUAAUUCAUGCAUUGAAAUAAAAUUCCUGUGAUUAGCUGCAGACGGUGCUUUUAUUAAACAACUUAAUAAGUAAACAGGUGAAUUAAUGUAAGCAGGCAGACAUUUAGCACAACACAAGGGUGUCUGCUUUAAAGUUAAUGUGAGAUGCAGACAAAACUUUCAGAUUACUAUAGAAAUAUUUUAUUUGUAACUGUGUUUUGUGAUGUUUUGUUUAGGUGAGGUGACGAGCGGCUGCCCCUCUCCCUGCCUGAAAAAGAAUGUUGCCAUGGGUUAUGUGGACGCAGCAUUCGCUAAAAAUGGUACAGCCAUCCAGGUUGAAGUCCGGAAAAAAGCAGUUCCUGCCACUGUCAGCAAGAUGCCUUUUGUCCCAACCAACUACUACUCUGGAUAAGAAAGACGCUCAUGCACCAUAAACCACCAAACACACUGGAGGUCCUAUGAGGGAAAAGAAAUCCAAAGUAAUCCAGUGUAAUACAACUCAGUAUGGAGGUUAUCAGCACAUUCAAUGUAGAGUAUUUUUAUCGGGUGCGCAUAGGUAGAAUUUUUGAAGACAGCAGGACACGAUGACAUUUGAUACAAAGAAUUAAUGAAGGACAUAUUAAAGAGCAGAUUUUCAUUUUGUAAACAGUCAGUACACUAACUGUUUAGGCAUCUAUUCACAGGCCUGCAUCUGUGUUUGGAUGUGAGAAGAAGAUUCACAGGCAGUAUGCUGAGUCAGAGGACUAUUAUUUAAUAAUGUAGGCUUAGACGCUUUAUUGAUUGUUCAUACACUGCUCUCACUGUGAGAAUUUAAGCAUUGAGGCUGUAUGGACCCACUAACUACUAGAUUAGGUUAAGCUGUAGAAUAAAGGUUUACUAUUGACACUUGACAUUGCUUACUUUGUCUCAAGAGGACCAAACGAAACAGAUUCCAAAUGGUUCUUUUGAUUUGAAAUUACUACAUGUCUGUACUUUAUUGUAAGGUCUUUGAAAUACAGCGAAGACACAUUUUCAGUCUUAAUUUUGUUAGUAAUUAACAGCUUAUACAAGAGAGAUCAUACAGGGCCAGUGUAACAAUGCCAUAAAUAUGAAGAACAACACAACUGCCAUUUUAUCUGAAGUUUGUACAGUACUGUAUUUUUAUCAAAAGUUUUUAUUAAUGUUUGGAUUGGUUACUCUUUUAAGACAGCGAAAACCAGAUCUCAACAUCAAAUAAAACCUGACUCCAUUUGUCCUUCUCACUGUUUAUAACAUUAUAAUACUGAUCAACGAGAAUAGGCAUGCUCUGUAGUGAAAAAUUACUUUUUAAAUUCUGCCAGGUGCUCCCCUUUAAUCUGGUACAUUAACUAAUUUUAUUAAAAAACAUAUCUAAGAAUGACAUACUACUGAAUCAUUGUCAAACAGCCUUUUAAAAACUCUGUUCCGAAAGUGCUCUUAGGACAUCUCUGUGUAUUUUGAUACUUAACAGCAUUGUCAUGUAAAUGUUAUAAAUAAAAUUUUAUUUGACCAAAA